CACGGCGUGAGACACCAUCAGCAUAAAUACAGGCUUAUCCCCCAUACCCCCGACUUUCUUCCUUCUUCCUCCCCCCCACACACAACCAAAAAAAGGGUCGCAAAGAUUCACCAAGAGGAUAUCGUCUUGUCUUGAAGGACAUAUCUCUCCGCCCGGGCCCAUUUGUCAAUCUUUUCUGUUGUGCGUCGCUCUUUUCUUCUUCCCUUUUACUCUCUGUCUCUUCGCUCUUUUCGUCACUCUCUAGCCAAGCCGAUCGAUCGAUACACAAAGUUGGGAGUCGUUAUUCUCCCUACCAUAUCCGUGCGAGUCGAGAUUCCCGUUACGAGUCCGUUCUUUAUUUACCGAUUUCCUCCCAUAACUACCGUAGCCAUGUUCAAACGCUCGUUUAGGUCGCAAGACCCCAACCGCGUCGACAAGACUGCGAGACUCAAGAGAUCGGGCUCCCACCGGGAUCACACGAAAAUGUCGAAGCUGCAAAGAUCGCUCAACGAGCAGGACGCCAUUCCCCAGAAGCCUGCUCCAGCACCCGCCGCGCCUGCUCCUUCGCCCAUCGUCACUCUGACUGUUGGUCAAGAUGGCCGGCUCUUUGCAGCACAUGAGGAUGUACUCCGCCAGUCGCCUUUCUUUGAGGCCGCCCUGCGCGGAAGUUGCUUCGAGGCACAGAGCAAGAGGAUCUCCAUCCCCGACGAAGAACCCGAGGUGUUCUCCGCCGUCCUUGAAUAUCUCUACAAGGGUGACUACUACCCACGUCUGCUCCAUAACAAGCAGCGCAACUCUUGGGAGCUCGAGGACCAAGGCCGUACACCUCACACAUCACCCAACCCCGAAACUGGAGGUGGCCGCGCAGGCACUGCGUCUGAAGCCACCAUCUACCUGUCGAGUCUCGAUAUGGCCAUCCUCCGCGACACAGUCGUCUACUGCGCUGCGGACAAGUACGGCCUCGAGGAGCUCAAGCGUCUGGCCCUGCGCAAGCAGGGACUGCAAUCCGGCAUCGACGUCGGGACCAUUAUAAGGUCAGCUCAGUACGCCUACGCUCACACGCCCGACUCAGACAGCCGUCUGCGCGCUCAUUACCUCGCCCUGAUCAUCCGCUGCCGCAAGACCUUUAAGCGCAGCGGGACCAUGCAGGCCGAGAUGGAGGCGGGCGGCAGCAAGCUCUUCUUCGACCUGUUUGUAGCCAUGUGCAAUCACCUCGACGACGUCAUUGACGUGAGCAAUGCUCGCACGCCAAAGACUGUCUGAGUGAUUCAAGAUAUCCCAAACACACACUACUCAGGCCUCCGGAUGCUCCGUGUGUUUGAUCAUAGCUGGAGGACAAGCGCGAAAUGGAACGCCACCAAAUCCGCGAAAAAGGAAAAACCUACAAAAAAAAGUGAUGCUUACAGGAACAGUUGGAAGUCGGCGCUUGGUUGCUUUUCAUGCUCCGUCAUCAGAUUGAAGUCCUAAGGAGCUUUGUUUUAUUACAUUACUCCCCUUCUGCGAGGUUGGCCGACCGAAUUUUGAUGAUACACGAGCUGAGAGGAUCUAAUCAGACGCACACACGACGUCCUUCACAUCCUCUGCUCAUUUAUUGUGAGUUUACUUAUCGCGAGUUUCUGUUUCUGCCCUGUCAUUUCAACUCUGCUUUGAUACCCACUUACACACGGACACUGGGACAUUUCUUCCCCAAUUCUACUCUGGCGUUUUGAUAUCCACCAAAAAAAAAGACCGGGUUGUCUUUGGUUCAACACCAGAGUUUGGGGCAACAUUUUGGGAAGUGGAAUGCUUGACUGCUUUUCUACACCCGCGAGCAAAUGCCCCGAGAUUGGCUAAAAGCUUGCAUUUGUACCAUCUUGGAAAUUUUCCACCGAAAAAAAAGGAUCUCUUCUGGUUUUGUUGCUGUCUUUUUGCUUUCACGUUUUAUGGCAGGAGUUUUUUCUCUCUAGAACGCGAAACGGAUACAAACAUCUCCUACUCGGAUUUUUCACAAUAAGGAGGGGACCUUGAGAACAAGAGGCUUUAAUAACAUCUCAACCCUCACAUACUGCGUGUGUGCCUCGCCUCUUUAGUACCGGGUCGGGCCCUCUUUUGCUUUUGGUUCGCAUCUACAGACUGAUACCUCGAACCUGUCCUUUUGUUACUGCUUUUCCUGUUUUGUUUGCUGGAGGAGAUGGGAAAUGGAGAUCCUUUUCUGCAUGGGCUUAUUUGGGACCGGCGAGACGCCGAUGAGAAUGAAGUUACGAUCUUGAUGAUUAUUAACCACUUGGGAUCGUUGAACGAUCCUCCCUGGCGCAAGCACCGUCAGGGUAGAGGUAAUGAGAAAUUCGGCCACCUCAAUUGAUGUUCCUUUGCAUGUGAUGUAUGUGAUAUAAUGCUUUAAAAAUGACGGUUGAGUGAUUAGGCGGUUUCAUCCCACUCAACCUCAAACUUCUCAAACGUAACCUCAAGAUCCUCCUGGAUCUCCUUCUUGGGAUCAGGUCGCGCGACAGCAGCAGCAAUCUCUAGAUCCCAGCCCUCACCACCGUUAUCGCCAUAAACCCAAUUCGUCUGCCUCAACGGCGUCUUGUCACCAUCCUCAUCAACCCUGUACGUCCACAUACAAAGGCCCAGCGCAUCCUGCACCUUCUGCACCUUUACAGUAACGCACUUGUCACCAUUCCUCACGCCAGCUUCAUUCUCAGGCCCGACCUUCUCAACGCUCCAAUCUGCCCACUGAUCGCAUGUCACGGUUGAGUAGCGCGGGUGAUCGUUGUAUAGCUCGAUGCCGGUCUUGAUCCACUUGCGGGGCGUGGGGGAGUUGGGGUUUGUGAAGACUAGGAGAAGACAGGCCUGGUCGUACUGAUGGAUGUACUUUGUGCGGAAGGUGAGAGUUGCGGAGAUGAACUUCUUGAGAGGUUUUUUGGAGUGUGUGGUGAAGGGUGCUGGGGAAGUUAGUGAGUGAGGCUAGUGGUGAUGGCUGGUUGAGAGGGCGCGUUUGAGAGGGAGGGGUUGAGAUGCUCACCAGUGAAGACGUCGGUAGAAGGAGGCUGUUUCCAGAUAUCGCUACCAGGGGGUGCCGACCACUUGAAGGGAGUAUCCAUUGUAGUUAAAUAUACUUUGAACAAAAAUAAUAUGCAGAA